ACGACGAGCCAACGAACAGGAGAGGGGAGCUGACAAGUCACCCGCCGCGGAAGCCAGUGGAAGAGAGGUUGCUUGCUUCACGGGCCCUGCCGCUUCCUCCGGUCGCGCGCGAUCCGCUCCAUUGGUCCGGAAAUCGAUCAUGGGGCAGGAGGGCGACGGGCAGAUCCGCCGCCGCGACAGGGUCAUCGUCGACACGGAUCCCGGCAUCGAUGACAGCAUGACGAUCCUAAUGGCGUUCGAAGAACCAAGCGUGGAAAUCAUCGGGCUGACAACCAUAUUCGGCAAUGUCACCACAGAGAACGCUACUCGCAACGCGCUCUUGCUGUGUGAGAGAGCAGGACAUCCUGAGGUUCCAGUAGCCGAGGGCAGCCCUGAGCCCCUAAAGGGAGGAAUUCCACGCGUCGCUGACUUUGUUCAUGGAUCUGACGGUCUUGGUAAUUUGUCUCUCCCUGCACCUACUACUAAGAAGGUUGAGGAAAAUGCUGCUGAGUUCAUGGUUAACAAGGUCUCCGAGUUUCCUGGAGAGAUCACUGUACUCGCACUGGGACCCCUGACAAAUGUAGCAUUGGCUAUCAAAAGAGACCCUUCUUUUGCAAGCAAGGUGAAGAGAAUAGUUGUACUGGGUGGAGCGUUCUUCGCUGCUGGAAAUGUCAACCCGGCCGCUGAAGCAAAUAUCUAUGGAGACCCAGAUGCAGCUGACGUAGUUUUCACCUCAGGAGCAGAUAUCGAUGUGGUUGGCAUUAACAUUACAACUCAAGUCUGUCUUACAGAUGAGGAUCUGUUAGAGCUAAAAAACUCAAAAGGAAAACACGCACAGUUCUUAUGUGAUAUGUGCAAGUUCUACAGAGAUUGGCAUUAUAAGUCUGACGGUUUCCAAGGGAUUUUCCUCCAUGACCCUGUGAGCUUUACAGCCUUAGUUCAUCCUGAGUACUUCGGAUUCAAGAAGGGCGUUGUGAGAGUUGAGACCCAGGGCAUUUGCACCGGCCAUACUUUGAUGGAUCAUGGACUGAAAAAGUGGAAUACAGAAAAUCCAUGGUCAGGUUACACGCCGAUUUCAGUUGGAUGGACAGUCGAUGUGCCAAAGGUCCUCGCAUACGUGAAGAAGCUGCUCGUGACACCCUAAGUAAUACCACGACCUUUUACUGGGUAUCCUCCGAGAACAAGAGAAUUAUUACGACUGUUUGAGCUGAAGUGUAAAAUGAUUCAGAUCAACUCUCACGGUCAACAUAAUAUUUUCUGUUUUUAGAAGCAGAAGCAUAGGAGGAAGGGGAAGCUUCCUAUCGAAAACAAACAGUGGGGUACAUUCUGCACAUGACAGACAGCAUUAUGACACAUUGCUUUCAGAAGUUUAUACCGAUUAAUUUCAAAUUUGGAAACAACUUUCCUAUACA